CUCCAUCCCCUAACUUACCAAGCCUGGAUCCAAGCCUUAAUAGGCUGAUCCGAGCCGCUCCCUGGCAGGCUCGGGCAUAUUGAAUUAUACAGCUGUCCAAAAAACAUUUACAGCUGGCAUAGUUCAAUUUGAAGGCAUAUAAAAACUUGCCUUUUAAAAGGAUAAACCAAGAAGGUGUACUUUUCAUUUUUGGGAAUCUUUAAACAGAGGUUCCUUAUAUAUUUCUUCUAGUUGGUUCUGAUGCUGGUUUUUGCAACUGUGAAAUAUCAAGUGAGUAGCUCAUGGGUUAUAUGUGGGAGUUGAUGGUGCUGUGGAAUUUAGCAAUGUAGAUGCAAUUUGAGUUGGGAGAUGAUAGUCACACCCCCAUGCUUUUGAUAGCUACACCCCGUCCAUAGGUGGCCUGCACUCUACGAAGGAGAAAAAAGGGGGGUUUAUUGGUGAAAAGAUUGUGCUUUAUCUUGCUGAGAGCUGGAGAUGAGCUUUACAGACAUCGUGGAUUUAUGCAGUGAUGAAGAUGAAGUUGACGUAAAACCUGUUAAACAGGAGCCUGAUUCUGAUUCUAGUACAGCUCAAAAUAGAGGGUCCCAUAAAGCUGAAAAUGUUCAGCCCCAAAAAUUCAAAGCACUAGUUACAAGGAUAAGAUCUAAGGAGAAAGGAAAUUCAACUUCUAUUAAAGUUGCCAGAAGUAGCUCUUGCACAUCGGAUCAGGAGAGUUCAGUUGUUGAUGGGUCUAGCCCUACUUCUGCACCACAUGGAUGCUCUGCACCAAUAUGUCGACAAUUCUGGAAAGCCGGAGAUUACGACAUUGGACAGGCCUCGAAAAUGCGAUUUCCAAAUGGUAGUAAAACUCAUUUGCGUGUCCAUCCCAAAUUUCUCCACUCAAAUGCAACUUCGCAUAAGUGGGCCCUUGGUGCCAUUGCAGAGCUGCUUGACAAUGCAGUUGAUGAGAUACAAAAUGGGGCUACCUUUGUCAUUGUAGAUAAAAUCUCAAAUCCACGGAACAGAAGUCCUGCUUUGCUGAUUCAAGAUGAUGGUGGUGGAAUGGAUCCAGAAUGCAUCCGGCGUUGCAUGAGCUUUGGGUUUUCAGAAAAGAAAUCAAAAUCUGCCAUUGGACAAUAUGGAAAUGGUUUCAAGACAAGCACUAUGCGACUAGGGGCAGAUGCUAUUGUUUUUACUCGCUGCAUGGGCAGAAGGGUAUUGACUCAAAGCGUUGGUCUACUUUCUUACACCUUUUUGACGCUAACUGGCUAUGACAAUAUAGUAGUACCCAUGGUGGAUUACGAAUUCAAUCCAUCAACUAGCCUUUAUGGAAAAAUACUUCGUCCCAGUGAAGAGCAUUUUUCUUCUAAUUUGUCUACACUCUUGCAAUGGUCUCCCUAUGCCACAGAAGCAGAAUUGUUGAAGCAAUUUGAUGACAUAGGUCAUCAUGGCACGAAAGUGAUUGUGUUCAAUAUGUGGCUAAAUGAUGACGGGGAUUCAGAGCUUGACUUUGAAUCAGAUAAGGAGGAUAUUAUGAUCAGCGGUGCUCCUAAAAUAGUGGAAAGAGCAAACAUUCCAAAGAAGCUUACCCAACAGCACAUUGCUAAUCGAUAUCAUUACUCUCUUCGUCUGUAUUCGUCUAUCCUAUAUCUGCGAAUGCCAGAGAAUUUCAGUAUAAUUUUGCGCGGAAGAGUUGUAGAGCAUCGCAACAUUGCCAACGAUAUCAAAUUUCCUGAAUUCAUCCUGUAUAAACCUCAAGUUGGUGGAAACGUGGAGGUUGGGGUCAUCACGACAAUAGGGUUUCUAAAGGAUGCCCCCCAUGUUAGUGUCCAUGGGUUCAAUGUCUACCACAAGAACCGCCUUAUCCUGCCAUUCUGGCGAGUUCUCAAUCAAACCAACAGUAGGGGCAGAGGUGUUGUUGGUGUAUUGGAGGCGAAUUUUAUUGAGCCUACUCAUGAUAAACAAGAUUUUGAGAAGACGACUCUUCUUCAAAAGCUUGAAUCCCGCUUGAAGCAUAUGACAUUAGAGUACUGGGAUUUUCAUUGUGGAUUGAUUGGGUAUCAUCAAGCCAAAAACCCCCUUUCAAUAUCUGUUCGUGCUCAUCCUGGCCUACGGCCUGUUGUGGUGAACCCCAAAUCCUCUGCUACCAGUAUUUCAGGAGCAGCUUCUGCAGGUGGGGGUUUUCCAGAUGCAGCAGGUCUUUCUCCCUCUCAUCUUUCAGCCGUAAGGCCGGUGGUGACUGCAUUAAGUGCCCCAGCUAUUUUGAACUCACCCUCCAUGGUUGAUACUGUGGUGCACGCCAGAACAGGUCGAUUGUUCUGCAACUACCAAGCUGGCACUCAGUUGGAAUUUCCUGUAAAGAGGAAACGACAGAGCCGUAUGGAGGAACUUGAAGUGGUGAAGAGGCAGGCAACAGAUGGUGCAGAUGCUACAAUUAAUGGGCAUGAUCUUGAGACAAAGGUUGGCAAUAAUGCUGAGGAUGUUCUUCAAAAUCCAGAGACUCAAGAAUUAAUAGAAGAAAAUGAGAAGCUUCGUGCACAGUGUGUUGAGUAUGAGAAGAUUGAGGAAGAGCUUCAGUUCAAGGUGCAAAAGCUUAAAAUCGAGCUUGAGGAGGUUAAUCACGAGUAUGAGAUGCUGUUGAAGGAAUCUCAGUCGGUAGAAGCGAUAAAGGUGGAGAAAAUGUAAAUGGGUAUUUUUCAUUCUUGUAUGAUCUUUCCCUUUUUUCUGCAUUUUCUUUGUAGCACUCUGGGGUUGUUGUCUAUAGCUAUUGUAACAUAAGAGGGGAGAUAGGUGAUAGAGUGAUAAUACCCAUGAAGGGUAUCUAGAGAUUGGUCUUUUGAUCUUUCAGUCUUGCUUAGGCCUGACAAUGGACCAGGCCUGGAUGUUGCUAACUAAUUUUUUAAUGGGCCUGCCUGACCUGGCUGAAGCAGUUCAAAAUCCGGGCCUAAGAUAACCCUAGCCCAUUGUCAACCCUAGGUUUGCUCCCCCUUGUUUUUGUUUUCCUUUUUCUUUUCUUUUUCUCGCGUGUGUAUGUGUGUGUAAAGGGAAUGUAUGUAAGUUUUGUUCAUUGAGGAAAAGAGAGGAAGCCCUCAUGGGGGUCCCAUCUACUAUGCCAUGUAAGUUUCUUCAUUGAGGAAAGUGAGGAGGCCCUGUGGCCCCAUUUCCUGUGCUAUUAUUCCACAGUAAAUUGCUAUUUCGUCAUC